CCAGUAUUAAGGAGGGACAACUAUUGAAGCAAACCAGUUCUUUCCAGAGGUGGAAAAAGCGUUACUUCAAACUUCGAGGCCGUACACUUUAUUAUGCAAAGGACUCAAAGUCUCUGAUAUUUGAUGAAGUCGACCUCUCAGAUGCCAGUGUAGCUGAAGCAAGCACGAAAAAUGCUAACAACAGUUUCACGAUAAUCACUCCAUUCCGAAGACUGAUGCUGUGCGCUGAGAACAGGAAGGAGAUGGAGGACUGGAUGAGCUCACUGAAGUCUGUACAGACCAGAGAGCCUUACGAGGUGGCCCAGUUUAACGUGGAACAUUUCUCAGGGAUGCAUAACUGGUACGCUUGCUCCCAUGCCCGACCCACUUUCUGUAACGUGUGCAGAGAGAGUCUUUCCGGAGUCACCUCCCACGGCCUGUCCUGCGAAGUGUGUAAAUUCAAGGCUCACAAAAGAUGUGCAGUGAGGGCAACAAAUAAUUGCAAAUGGACGACUCUGGCCUCCAUCGGGAAGGACAUCAUAGAGGACGAAGACGGAGUUGCUAUGCCUCACCAAUGGCUCGAGGGUAACUUGCCCGUGAGUGCCAAAUGUGCUGUCUGUGACAAAACAUGCGGGAGUGUCCUGCGCCUACAAGAUUGGAAAUGCCUUUGGUGUAAGACAAUGGUACACACUGCCUGCAAAGAUUUAUACCAUCCUGUGUGUCCCCUUGGACAAUGUAAAGUGUCUGUUAUACCUCCAAUUGCACUGAACAGCACUGAUUCUGAUGGUUUCUGUAGGGCGACGUUUUCAUUCUGUGUCAGUCCUCUGUUGGUUUUUGUCAAUUCUAAGAGUGGAGAUAAUCAGGGAGUAAAGUUUCUUCGUCGAUUUAAACAGUUGCUAAAUCCGGCUCAGGUGUUUGAUUUAAUGAACGGAGGUCCUCACUUAGGUUUAAGAUUAUUCCAGAAGUUUGACAACUUCCGAAUUCUUGUUUGUGGAGGAGAUGGAAGUGUAGGUUGGGUACUGUCAGAAAUUGAUAAGCUCAAUUUGAAUAAACAGUGUCAGCUGGGAGUAUUGCCUUUGGGUACAGGAAAUGACCUUGCCCGGGUUCUAGGCUGGGGAGGCUCCUACGACGAUGACACCCAACUUCCUCAGAUACUCGAGAAGCUGGAACGAGCCAGUACCAAAAUGCUAGACAGGUGGAGUAUAAUGACCUACGAACUCAAAUUGCCACCAAAGACUUCUCUCCUUCCAGAACCUCCAGAAGCAUCUGAAGAAUUUUAUAUGACAAUUUAUGAGGACUCAGUUGCAGCUCAUCUUACAAAAAUCCUCAAUUCUGAUGAACAUGCCGUGGUCAUAUCAUCUGCCAAGAUACUGUGUGAAACUGUAAAGGACUUUGUUGCCAAAGUAGAGAAGGCAUACGAAAAAACGUUGGAAAAUGCUGUUGCAGCCGAUGCUGUGGCCAAUAAAUGUUCGGUCCUAAAUGAAAAGCUCGAACAACUGCUUCAAGCUUUGCACACAGAUUCCCAGGCUGUCCCCGAUCUCCCAGACAUCAGCUCUCUCAUUGUAGAAGAAGAUACUGUGGAAUCUUCCAGUGAAGAAUCUUUGUGUGAAAACAAAGAACAACUCACCGAUGACCCUGCAAAACCUUCCUCCCAGAAAGCUGUCAAGCCAAGUGAAAUAAUGCUGCGGGCAAACAGUUUAAAGAAAGCAGUGCGGCAAGUCAUUGAAGAAGCCGGCAAAGUUCUGGAUGACCCGAGUAUUCACCCUUGUGAACCAGUUAACCAGUCAUUCGAUAAUGAUAGUACAGAAAUAGAUGAAUCUAAAGAAGAAUCUAAAGAUGACAGUGCCAAAGAGCCAUUACCUGUUAAAACCGCACCUGCACCUCGGUCUCCAGAUGGCCGGGCAAGUCGUUCCCAAGCUGACGCUGGCCCUGGUCCAGCUGUGGCAACCAGCAAGGAAAACCUCCCUGUGCUCAACACCAGAAUAAUCUGCCCAGGUUUAAGAGCAGGAUUAGCUGCCUCGAUUGCUGGGAGUUCUAUUAUCAACAAAAUGUUACUGGCAAAUAUUGAUCCUUUUGGUGCAACGCCUUUUAUCGACCCAGAUCCAGAUUCCGUAGAUGGAUAUUCAGAAAAAUGUGUCAUGAACAAUUACUUUGGGAUUGGAUUAGAUGCAAAAAUUUCAUUAGAAUUUAAUAACAAGAGAGAGGAACAUCCUGAAAAAUGCAGGAGCCGAACUAAAAAUUUGAUGUGGUAUGGAGUCCUUGGAACCCGGGAGUUAUUACAGAGGUCGUACAAGAAUUUAGAACAGAGGGUUCAACUUGAGUGUGAUGGGCAGUACAUUCCUCUCCCCAGUCUGCAAGGAAUAGCAGUGUUGAACAUUCCCAGCUAUGCCGGAGGCACUAACUUUUGGGGCGGAACUAAAGAAGAUGAUAUCUUUGCUGCACCAUCAUUUGAUGACAAGAUCCUGGAAGUCGUUGCAAUAUUUGAUAGCGUGCAAAUGGCAGUUUCAAGGGUCAUUAAACUGCAGCAUCACCGAAUAGCCCAGUGCCGUACAGUAAAGAUCACUAUAUUUGGUGAUGAGGGGGUCCCGGUGCAGGUAGACGGCGAAGCGUGGGUCCAGCCUCCAGGGAUCAUCAAAAUUGUGCACAAAAACAGAGCUCAGAUGCUAACCAGGGACAGGGCUUUUGAAAGCACUCUAAAAUCUUGGGAAGAUAAACAGAAGGGCGAUUCCGGUAAACCAGUUCUUCGAACCCAUUUGUACGUCCAGCACGCCGCUGACCUGGCCACAGAGGAGGUGUCCCAGAUGCAGCUGUGCUCCCGGGCCGCAGAGGAGCUCAUCACCAGGAUCUGUGAUGCAGCCACGAUCCAUUGUCUUUUGGAGCAAGAACUGGCCCACGCUGUGAAUGCAUGCUCCCACGCACUGAAUAAAGCCAACCCGCGGUUCCCAGAGAGUCUUACAAGAGACACGGCCACUGAAAUCGCCGUCAAUGUGAAGGCACUGUAUAAUGAGACAGAAUCUUUACUAGUCGGCAGGGUCCCUUUGCACUUAGAAUCCCCACAUGAGGAGCGAGUAUCUAAUGCCUUACAUUCUGUGGAGGUGGAGUUGCAGAAGUUGACAGAGAUUCCGUGGCUUUAUUAUAUCUUACACCCCAACGAAGAUGAGGAGCCCCCCAUGGACUGCACCAAGAGAAACAGCAGAAGCACAGUAUUUCGUAUAGUGCCGAAAUUUAAAAAGGAAAAGGUUCAGAAACAGAAGACAAGUUCACAGCCUGGACCUGGGGAUAAUGAAAGUGGGUCAUAUGAAGCGAAUUCUCCAGGGAAUUAAAGAGCUUGGAAGGAGCACUCCUCAGUCUGAGGUGUAAUCACACUGGUGCUAUUCCUUGGAAGGGAAGUAAUUGCUACUUAAUACAAAACUCUUGGAAGCGAUUGUCUGUUUUUGUAGUUUUCUGCCUAGAAAAGUAAGCACCACUGGGCACCUCUAUGGCUUGAUAUUUUGCUGUGCGUGAAAAUUUUGGUUUGAGGUAUUAGAAAACAUUUUUGUGCCAAAAAAAUACAUUCCACAAAGCCAUUUUCUUACUGUGCAAACUUGACACGUUCAAAUAUGCUCAUAUAAGUAAGAAGGUAGGAGGAAUCUGAGACAAUUGCAUAGUCUAAAAGGUAGAAACGUUUACUUUCCUAAAACCUGGUCAGAUGGAAUGUUCUUACUAUGUGACUGCGUAACAAUAUGUGGCUAAAACUUACUAGGUUUCACUAUUGGAGGCCUUGGCUUCUUCCUUAAAGCCACUGGCUAGGAGAUAAAGAUAUAAAUUAAGCUGUGUUCUGAAUGUUAGAUGGGCAUCACAUCAGAUUCCUAGCAUUCGAUGGUCAUAGAAUAUGGUUAAAACCCCUCAAAUAUUAUGGAUGAAUGCAAACCUUAAUGCACGACAUUCCUGCCUGAAUUGUCUUUCUUUUUCUUGCAUGUCACAUGUAAUAUUGUAAAACUUGGCUUCAAUGUCAGUUUUAAUGUAAUUUAAUUUAUUACUCUCUAAAUACCUUUUUGUUGCUUCAAGGCACUUUUCUGUUCUUUGAUGUGGGAUUUUUGGAUAAAUGUUCUGUAUCUGAGAAUUUGUGAACAUGUGUCUGUGCUAUAAUCAACAAGUGAUACACAUUUUAUGCAAGCCAGUUUUAUGUCACUCUAUUAUCAACAUUAGGUAUGCACAUUAGGAAAUUUUUCAAAAAAGUACAUGUUCUGUUGCUGAACAAAUCUGCUUACAGCUUCCCAAACCAAAAUUCCCACAUUUCGUUCUUAUUUUUGGUUUUAAUUUAGUAUUUAUUUAAUAAUCUGUUUGCAUUUAUACUAUAGUGGGCUGUUGCCACCCAGGAGUUUUGCAGAGGUCUCAGCUGGGAUUUUUAUACUGAUUGUACGCUGAUAAGUCACCCAGACUUACCCACUAGCUAGCGUGACUACUGACUCAACUUCCCAACAAGAGAGUUACAUUUUUUCUUAAGGGCUUUUAUCUCACUUAAUUCUUCUACCAUUAUUGCUAUUAUCUCACUGAAUUCUUAUAUCAAGUAGAUAUUAUUUUCCUUUUUCUAAACCACUAUGCUUCAAUGUAGCUCAUUAGGAGUCAACAUGACACUUAUCAGAUCUCUGAAAGCCAAAGGCAGAUGUGUUAAAAAGUCACAAAAAUACCCUCAAACCAUCUUUCUUUAGAUAUUACGUACCAAAAAUUAAUUGUAAUAUUUAAAAAUCUCCUGUAUAAGAGAAGGAAACAGGGUAUUGACCCAGUGGUGACAAUUUUCAUGAAGUAGCCUUCUAAGCAGAUCCUCAGUAGAUACACACACACAUAUACAUGUACACAUAUAUGUGCCUAUACACAUAUAUGCAUUUAUAUGUAUAUUCAUAAUACAUACAAUCUUGAAACAUACUCUCGAUAUUUUCUAGACAAUUAAUUUGCCAAACACUUAAUGAGAAAUAUUGACAGGAAAGCAUUUAAAAUGAACUGUUGUCAGACAUACUUUAAUUUUAGCAAAGAAGUUUAAAUAUUUGACAUGUUAUUUAUAAAUUGGACAUUUAACUGCUACUAAGCAUCACAAAAUUAAAGCAUCUUAAAAAUAAAUGAGCCUGGUGGGUUCCUGACCAAGUAUGUCUGCCUAUAUAUUCUACCUGUUUAAGUUGUGAAUAAAUAGAAAUUUUUCAAAGGAAAUUAUAUCAGGUAGCAUGCAAGACUACAAAGCCACCACUUAGUAAAUGUAAUGUUUCCCCCACCAAAGGGCUUCUAUUCCAGUCCCUUAUAACCCCCCCCCCCCCUGCAAAGCUGUCCUGCUCUUCCAGGCAUUUCCUUGUGAAAUUAAAAUAGAGAUGCCAGAGUCUCAGAAUUCUGCCAAGGUCACAGAUGCCUGUCCAGCUCUAACAAAAUAAGGAAAUGUAGGCUCAAAGAGGCAUGGAACUCAAGAAUGAAUUAAUAUAAAAAUCUUUAUUGAUUUCCACUCACCCAAAAUACCCCUUUGCCAAUAGAAAAAAUGUAAGCUAUUACAUGUUCAGAAUUUGAGAGUAAAAUGUCAAUGAUUUGUUGAUCUUUUUACUCUUAGGUAAUUACUCUUUAUCUGUGCUGUAAAAUCUCAGUUAAUAGACUCAUGAGUUAACUAGAGUUUUCCUGCAGAUGGCUUUUGGAUGAGGGAAAUCCUUUAAAAUAAUUAUUUCGGUGUCUUUUUUUUCUUUUUGUCGUUAAAUAAGAGCAGUCUUCCCUGUAUGCUUUGCCCGUGCUUGGCUGUGUAGGGCCCACGUGACUUUACCCACACCUGUUUGCCGAGAUGGUGUCCUCAGAGCCUCCUUGGGCCCCUGUCAGCAGCACAGAGGAGCCAGCUUCUUAUAGUAGAUGGAGCUACAAAUAGAAAGUAGAAAGAGCUUCUCCCUGGGAGGCGAUCACCGCUCAAGGGAGUGCAGGUGUGGUCUCUGUACCCUGAUCCAAUCAGAAGCUGAGGUGGGAAGCUUAAGCCUGCCCUUGACUGCCAGCCAUAACCGCACUGGUCCUCCCGGCUGUGCUCUCCCGCACCUCGAUAAUUUCUGGAACUGUCCUGUUCCUUCCAGUCUUAUUUCCCUGAGGAAGA